AUGUGGUCGCAUUUGACCUUUUGGCCAGAUUCUUCUCUGGCAAUGCUUUAUACCCUGGCAGUAGCUUCAUUGAUGGCACACACAAUCUGUCUAUGCUCGUCUAAAAAGAAGAAUGAGGAGAUGACGGACCUGGCGGACCCAGUGAUGAUGACGGCCGUCGAGGCUCCAGUAAUAAAAAGCAAAGAGAGUAUCGAGCGUAGUCCAGCACCUAUUCAAUUACUAGAAGUUUCCACUCCAUUGAUAAACAGAGAAAGAAAAGGUAGUAACAAGGAGUUACUCGAAAUAGUUGGUGUUGUAGCCGUCACGAGAGGAGGUGGUAGAAAUCCACCAAAGUUUCCGAAGAAAAGGCGAAAUAUUCAUCAUAAUGAUGAUUCUGACAAAACGGAGCUUACCAUUUACGAGAGAAGGAAGAAGAACAAAACAGAGUCUGGAUCCAAACCCAGCUCGUUGCUGACACAAGCAAACGUUUUAGAAGUGGAAGAAACGGCACAAUCUCCGCAGAAAACACAGUCUUACAUCGAAGAGGAUGCGGGCAAGGCCCUCAAUGCCGAGAGAGUGAAGGAAAAACAGAAUCUGUUCGAAACCGUCCGGGAAUGGUUUGAGGAGCAGUGCACCCAACAUCAACUGAAAGAUUCGAAUUUGGAGACACAGUCGAGUCCGAGGCGCGCAAAAGGGAAAGCGCAUGGAAUCAAAUUUAUAAACGAAGAAAAGACAGCGCAAGAAGAGCUACCUCCUGAUAAAACGAUACUAUCGCCAGGUUCGACAAAUGUCAUCAAAGAACCAGCAGAGGUAAGCUUGUAUUUGAGCAAAAAAUAG